UUCUGAAAUCCUAAAUCUAACAUGGUAUCAGAGCAGUGUGCUCGUUUCUGAAAAAUUCCGCAGAAAUUUUCAGUUGUUUUCAAUUGUUUCUGAUCUUUUCUUCUCUGAGAAAUCGAUUUGUUCUUCUCACUGUUUGAGAAAUUGUUCAAAUACCUGCUGAUUGCUUCAAUUCUGAGUUGAUAUCUUCGUGUUUUGAUCUGGAAAUUCGUAUUGCAAUUGUUUGCUUGUUGAUCAAGUUUCUACAACAUUCAUUUCUGAGAUUUCGGUUUUUGAUCAUUGAAAAUGGAAAACGAAAAUCAUAGCCAGAGAAGAUCAACUUUGCCUCCUAAUCAAGAUCCUGCAAGCAUCUUCUACAUUCAUCCAUCUGAUGCAAAUUCAGUGCAGCUGAUUUCAUUCAAGUUCAAUGGUGAAGGCUACACAAGCUGGAAGAGGUCUAUGCUGUUGGCCUUGUCUGCAAAGAACAAAAUAGGUUUUGUUGAUGGCAGCAUUGAGAAGCCAGAUCCUGGAUCACUUGAAUGCAAGGCUUGGGAGAGGUGCAAUGAUCUGAGACAGCAAGAAAAAAUGGUAAUGCAGUUCAUGAUGAAGCUGACUGAUCAGUAUGCAACUAUAAGAGGCAAUGUUUUGAUGGUGCCAGAAUUACCAAAGGUUUCAGAAGCUUACAGGCUCUUUGCACAGGAAGAAAGACAUCAAGAAGUUUCUCAUACAAACAACUCUUCAGAACCAGUUGCUUUUGCUGCUGAGAAAAGAAGGUUUGGGGGAGACAAUUGGAAUAAUAGAAACAAAUCACAGGCAACUGGUUAUCAAAGAACAGGUGCUAAUAAUAAGCAAGGGAGAACAGGUGCAAAUUACUUCUGUACCAAUUGUCAAAUUCCAGGGCACAACAUUGAGAGAUGUUUUAAGAUAAUUGGAUAUCCACCUGGUUUUCAGUCUAAAGAACACAGAACUGCUGCAUUAUCUCAUGAUAAUCAUUCUGGUGUUGAACCACCACCAUUGCCAAAACCAGAAGCCACUCCAGCAAUCACAGUAGAUCAGUAUCAGCAGUUGAUGAGCUUAUUAACUAAACAACAACAGAAUGCAGGAGCUGGAACUGUCAAUCAAACCAACAAUCUAGCUAUGAUGGCAGAAAGGGAGUUUGAUUCCUCUUGGUGAUGUCAGUUCUAGACUAUACAAUGUUGGGGAACAAGUACCACCAAAAACAACUUCUGAGCAGUCUCAUACAUGCAACACAGGUUGCUUAUCAGUUGUAGAUAAUGCUAAGUUG